AUGUCAGGAGUAAACCCCCUGGAUCCAACAAAUUUACCUGCACAUGUAUAUUUCUAUGGCCCAUUUAAGACUGACGCACAAGAAUGUAAAGCUGACACCGAGCAAAGCAGUAUACAGAUCACGCUGAAUUCAUGUUGCGGACAUGGAAAAGUGGGAGAACUUGACCACAAGAUUAAAAAUGCCCUUUGUUUUGUUUCUGGAUUGAAACCAUACAAGAAUUAUAAAUUACAUAUAUGGCGUUGGCAUUUCCUCUAUUAUUGGAUAGGAGAACAAAUAUGGACCGCAUUGGACGGUAAAGAUACAGAUGGAAAGGUUGCGGGCUGCUUGAAGCAGAUUUGUGAAUUAAUAAAUGAUAAAUGUGGAAGUGGAGGUGAUGAGGGGGAAUGUAAAAUUCUUUGUUCUGAAAACCUUGACGGAGAAACCUUCACGAGUAGGAAAAAUUUCUUUGACUUUACACAAAAUUAUAAUGAUAUAAAGGAUUAUUUACAGCAAGGUAAACCCGAAUGUGCAACAUAUUGGUCCACUUACAAGAAGAACAUUGAAGCAGCAUGUACUGCUGUUCGGGAUUAUUGCAAAAAGGAUGGGGAACAUUCUGCUGACCCAUAUUGUGUCAAAUUCAGGGACACAUAUGAAAUUUACUGUACGGGGGCGAUGCUACCAGGAUUAAAGUGUAUGUUGAAAACUGAACUGGAUGAAAUAAGAUGUCAUGAUUGUCCCUGCCACAGCGAACAAUCACAGAUUACGGAGCUAUUAAAUGAACACAACGAUGCCGUUCGUCAAGCCAACACCACCACUGCUCUUUCUUCCAUCAUUGGCACAUUAGGAUUUACUGUUGCUCCUUUCUUAUUGUAUAAGUAUAAACCAUGGUCUUCUUGGUUUGGUAACCGAUCUUCUGGAAAUGGAGUAGGAAGGAGCAACAGAAGGAAGAGAAGAUCAACUGGACAUCACUUUGAUGCAUCCACAGAAGACACUUUAACAGAAAUUUCCACAGAUAACUCAACAAUAGCUGACGCCACAAUAGAUGGAACAGUAAGCUCCGCUGCACACGCGAGACCGUCUACCAGGAAUGGAAGAACAAAUAAUACACGGGGUCGUGGGAUGGUAGGUUAUCAGAACGUGUAG